ACGAUUUGAAAGGCUGAAAUUUGAUUCAAGACACCAAAAAUAAAUUUUAUCAAAAUCACGUUUGCACAGCAAUUUGUGGAAAUAUUUUAUGCGGAUUUUAUAGUCCAUGUAUGAUCUAAGAUAAGAUAUGAUAAUGGCAGAGGCAGGAUAUUUGGAUCCAGAUUCAGCUAGGGAGUUCGCACGUGAAGUAGAAAAGAUGCGCUCCAUCAGCACCAGCACUCCUAUGGCUAUCACAAGUCUGUGUUCCAGUGUGUUUUCAGAAGCAGACAGUGGUUUUGAAGAUGUGACAGUAGACAGCUGUUUUUUAACGACAACCACUGCUAGUUCGAACUAUAGUUUUGACAGUGACUCCAAUUUCAGUUUUAAUUCCAAAUCAUUGAGUGGGCAUGGUUUGUUUUACAGUCCAAUCCUAAAAGAGCAGCCGUCUCCGAAGCAACCAGAAAAGGAGCACAACUUACGCGAUUGGGAAAUCCCUGAGGAGGAAGACAUCUUUUUGAAAAUUAACAAUAGAAACUUAACAGACUUGCCUUGCAGAAAUUUAAGUUUUGAAUUUGACUCUCAGGACAGUGGUCUCCAGACUUCAAGCUCCAGUCCCUCCAUAGAACUUUCGGCACGGUUCCAACAAGUUUUAAGUACCUUCUCGCCCUCUGUGUUAGAUCGUUUAAUCGGUCGUAAAAUGGGACUGGAAAAAGUGGACAUAGUUUCAGAACUAAGUGCCAGAAAUGUGAUGGCAUUAUCCAGUAUUUUUAGUUAUUUGGAACCACAAGACUUAUGCAGCAUGUGUCAAGUCAGUCAGAACUGGAGAAAAGUUGUCCAUUCUGAUGCCAGAGCAUCAAAACUCAAGAAAAAAUAUGUGAAAUACAGUCAAGAGACUUCAUUAGGAAAGGAGAAUUCAUCAAAGUCUCUUCGGUACCGAUCGAUUCGAGGUUUGACCCAGGCGAAUAAGUUCGAGACAAUUCAGUUAACUCAGCAUCAGAGAGCUUCAACACCCUACUCUAAACUUUCUACUGGUGACAUCUUUUCUAUGGCAGCAGAUUCUUUAAGAGAAGGAGAGGAGUUGCGGAAAUGCCCAAAAUGUUUUGGUGCCUCUAGAGUUCUUCCAGGAUACGACCGUGGAACCUGCUUUAACAGUGACUGUAGUUUUGAAUUCUGUUCCAAGUGCUUUUGUGAAUAUCACGGUUCUAAAUCCUGUAAUCCUAUUGGUGUUUGUAAAAAGCAGAAAAAGGACAUCAUAGGCAGCAAAAAGGCAAAGAAAAAUUUGAAGCGACUAAGCGCCUUAUAGCAACCAUAAUUUGAUUUCCAGUGAUCUCAAUAAACCACGGGUUCAAAACCUGCAUGCUAGUGCUAGCCAAAGACAAUUCUUAGACUUCUUGGAAGCAGCUACUUGGACCACAGUCAAUUUGAAUCAUUCCAUUAGACCACAGUCAAAUUUGACUCAUUCGAUUGGACCACAGUCAAAUUUGACUCAUUCCAUUGGACCACAGUCAAAUAAGACUCAUUCCAUUGGACCACAUUCAAAUUUGACUCAUUCCAUUGGACCUCAAUUUAGUGCUUCAAAAUGACAACUAUGCAAUCUCAAUCGUGUUCUAAAAAAGAACCUAGUCUUCCCAUUUAUUUGUAUAACUGAAAUUUUUAACCAUAAAGUAUUUUUAUGCACAAAUUGUAUCUGAACAUAGAUUUUUAUCCGAUCUUGUACAGAAGCUUGGGCUUCCGUCAAAAUUACAAAAACAAAAAAUAAUGCAUAUCAUUUAGACUAGUCCAUGCGAAAAAAAAAAAAUAAAUAGGGC